AUGUCUUCAUACUCCACCGUUAAAGCUGCCAACUGGAGAUUCGUUGAGUUGGGUCGUGUUGUCUUGAUCGACAACAAGGACUUGGCCACCGUUGUUGAAAUCAUCGACCAAAAGAGAGUCUUGAUUGACGGUCCAAAGAUUCAAAGACAAGCCAUCGCUUUGGCCAAGGUUGUCUUGACUCCUAUUGUCUUGCCAAACUUGCCAAGAGGUGCCAGAACCGCUACCGUUCACAAGAAGUGGGCUGCUGCUGAAAUCGACUCCAAGUGGGCUGCUACCUCUUGGGCUAAGAAGUUGGCUGCCAAGGAAAGAAGAUCCCAAUUGACCGACUUCGAAAGAUUCCAAGUUUUGGUGUUGAAGAAGCAAAGAAGAUUCGCUGUUAGAAAGGCUGUCGCCAAGGCCUAA